AUAACCGAAGUGAAAGAUAAAUCUAAAGAUUCUCGUUCAAAUAGCUGCAUGACAGCAACAGUAGCCUCGAUUAUUGCUGACUUAAGCAUCGGAGUGUCUACCCCGAGGAUCCACCUUGGGGCUUUGCAAGUUAACCCGGAGUGUAGACGUGGACUGAAGAAGGACUUCUGGUUUGUCCGAGCUGGAAACUCAUCUCAGCCUCUUGGACGAGGUCAGGUCCCCAGCAACCUUCCACCUCACCUCCCCCCUCCGAUCCCAAAUACGUUCCCUCCUGUUGAUCAUGCAGAAGGAGAAGAUGAAAAUCAACCACACAACUCAGCCCACAACUCAGCUUCCACCACCAACCAAGACCUCUUAGCUCGGAACAACCCUGGUGAUCCCCUCAUCAAUUUACUUAACCCUGCUCCACAACUCCCAACUCCACAGCAAAACCCUGAACCAGUUCAGCAUGCUCCUGCUCUUAGUGAAUCUCAGGGUCAAUCUCAUGUAGCACCAGCUCAGCAACCCCUUCAUGAUGAUGUCACUCGACGUCUAGAUAGUUUAGAAAAGCUAGUGGCUGAACAGCGAGGUGCCCCACCUCCACACCACGCUGCUGACUCCAUACCCCACCCUCUGAACACCAACAUCACACUGGAACCUUACCCCGCUGGCUUCAGGAUACCACAACUUGAGACUUAUGAUGGGAUGAAGGAUCCCGAUGAUCACUUACAUGCUUUCUACUCUUGCAUGCAAGUCCAGAACGCCUCUGACGCAUUGAUGUGCAAAAUCUUCCCCUCUACUCUCCGAGGUAAUGCUCGAACCUAUAGAAGGUUGAUCAGGAAAACUACUUCUGAGCUGAUGCGAGUUAAACAGAGGGAUGGAGAAUCUUUGAAGAAUUACAUGAGCAGAUUCAAUGAUGCAGUACUAGAAGUUAACUCUUUCGACCAGGCUGUGGGAAUUACAGCUGUGAUCUCAGGUCUUAACCAUGAGAGAUUCAGAGAUAGUUUGCUCAAACACCCUGCUACCACCUUUAGCGAGAACCAAAACCUAGACUGGAGAGAUGAGAAUCCGAGCAGGAAACGGAUGAGGACAGCACAGAACCGAGGUCCAAUGUCGACCUCCACACCGAGAUUCGGAAGGCCGAACUCAGCACCUCCACAACAGUCUGCAGGAGGAUUGGAAGCAGGAGGGAUGAGUUCCAAGCAAAGGAAGUUAUAUGUCAGAGAGGUCAAGCACCAGAACCGAGCUCAGAAAAGGAAACUUGAUGACGCUGACUGGAAAGAUCAACCUAUCACUUUUACCACUGCUGAUUUCAAAGGGGUGGUAACGCCUCACAACGAUCCCUUGGUCAUCUCAGUAAUGAUCAACAAUUGUCAAGUUCAGCGUGUACUUGUUGAUACUGGCAGUGCACCUGACAUCAUGUACUACCACUGUUUUGAGAGCCUAGGGCUCGAUCUAGCUCUGCUACAACGUUAUGAUGGUCCUAUAUAUGGGUUCAAUAACCAACCAGUUUCAGUCGAAGGGAAAAACAAAGACCAACCAGCAGAGAACCCUCCUUCAGAGAUCCAUGACAGUCGACAGGUGAUGGGGGUUGAAAUCCUUGAUAACCGACCUGAAGAUGAAACCCGAGCUACUCCGGGUGAAGAUGUUGAGGAGCAAAUGGCAAAUGGAAAAUGGCGGAUGUGCAUCGAUUACACUAACCUCAACCAAGCAUGUCUAAAAGACUGUUACCAAAUACCAAACAUUGACAAGCUGGUUGAGGCAGCUUCUGGAAACGAGAGAUUAAGUCUCUUGGAUGCAUACUCUAGCUACCACCAAGUUCCAAUGGCUCAUGAGGAUGAAGAAAAAACCUCGUUUUAUGCCAGCGAUGAAAUCUAUUGCUAUGUGAUGAUGCCCUUCAGCUUAAAGAACGCAGUGGUGAAGAGUUUGAAAGCUGAAAAUCACUUAACCGACCUCGAGGAGACAUUCAACAAUUUAAGAAAGAACAGAAUGAGGUUGAAUCUAGCAAAGUGCAUCUUCGGUGUGGAGUCUGGAAAAUUUCUAGGCUUCAUGGUGUCCAGAAGGGGGAUUGAGGUUAACCCCGAGAAGAUUAAAGCAGUAGCCGAGAUGGAAUCACCGAAGUCAAUUAAAGAUCCCAGAAGGAUGAAUCUGGCAAACAGAAGAAGUUUCGAAUGGAAUUCAAAAUGUCAAGCUGCUUUUGACGAGCUGAAGUCUUAUCUUAGCUCACCUCCUUUGCGGACAAAGGCUGAUGAUGGAGAAAUCCUUUACCUUUACCUCGGCAUAUCAGAUGAAGCUAUCAGUUCUGUGCUACAGAGGUCAGCAAUCCGAGCUCAGGCUCUUGCAGAUUUCAUAGUAGAAUGCACUUCGGCACACUCUGAUUUUCAGCCCGAGCUGGAUAGCUGGAUUUUGUAUGUUGAUGGAGCAUCUAGUAGCAAGGGUUCAAGAGCUGGUGCAAUCUUACUCGGCCUCGAAGGGUACCGAAGUGAACACGCUUUGAAAUUUAAUUUUGAUGCCACCAACAACAUGGCGGAAUAUGAGGCUCUGCUACUUGGCUUACAAUUAGCCAUCGAACUGAAAGUUACAGCAAGACAAGCAUACAGUGAUUUACAGCUAGUAGUCAAUCAGGUCAACUCAGUUUGUGAAGUGAUUGAUCCUGUUAUGAUGAAAUCAGUCUUUGUUGAAAUUCUGGACGAGCCUAGCUUCUUAAAGCCAAGAAUGAUGGAGAUCAGCACAGAUUCUAGCACACCGAGCUGGACAGAUCCAAUUAUCUCAUUUUUACGAGAUGGCACAGUGCCUGCAGAUAAACAAGAAGAGAUGAGGUUGAGGAAGAAGGCAUCUCUGUACACCCUUGUUAAUGAUGUCCUCUACAAGAGAUCUUUCUCACUCCCUCUGCUCCGCUGCCUAAACCCUUAUGAGGCUGAAUACGCAUUUCGAGAAGUGCAUGAAGGUGUCUGCGGAAGUCACACAGGUGCUCGAACUUUGGCUCAUAAAUUCAACUCGGUGUACCACCCGGAAUCUAAUGGGAUGGUAGAAUCUGUCAACAAGGUUAUACUUGAGGCGAUAAAACCAAGGUUAGAGUUGCACAAGGCCAAGUGGGCAGACGAGCUCAAUAACGUCCUCUGGGCAUACAGAACCACAAGCCGAACCACCACAAGUGAAACACCCUACCACUUAGCCGUUGGUACCAAAGCAGUCAUUGCUAUCGAGAUAGGAGUCCCAAGCUUCAAGGUCACCCAUUUCAAUGAAGGACGAAAUGGACAACUGCUUCGGGAGAACCUUGAUUUGCUUGAUGAAGUUAGAGAAGAAGCACGGCUUCGAACUCUUUUAGCACCAAACUGGGAAGGCCCCUACAUUGUCGCCGAAGUGCUGCACCCAGGUGCUUAUAUCCUACGGGACACUGAAGGCAAAAGGGUUCCUAGAGUCUGGAAUGUCAAUAACUUGAAGAAAUUUUACCCUUAGUACACUUCUUUCCAGUGAACUUUGUCUUAUUUUUAUAAGCGUCAUUAUUCUCUCUUUCUACUCAAUGUAUAUACGAGCUCAAUUCAUUUAUUUCAUUAAUGAAUUUCACUUCACAUU